ACAAGCUUUGUUGCGACCGACGUUUCUCUAGUGGCUCGCAGAGUAACGCGGCGAAUGACCUGGCAGAUUGCUGGGGACUAUACCUCAGAAACCAGCUCUUCUCAGGACUGCCUUGCCGCCAGCGUUGCCAAGGACCAAAGCCUGCCUGCCUCCUUGUGAGUCUUCGCCAGCUCCUCUGCAGAAUCCCAUCCUUGGCGUGCUCCCAAUGGCGGACCAGGACUCUCCUCUGGAUCUCACCAUCAGGAAGGACAAAGGGGAGCCAAGUGGCCAAGAUGGGGUGCUUGAUCUGUCCACCAAGGGGCGCUUUAGCACAUCCCUCCCAAAGUCUGCCAGCAGCUCUGUGGUGCCUCCAGUGAAAGGGAGUUUGCAUUUGGCAAAAGCAAGAGAUCUGCAGUCAACAUCCACCCUAGAGCAGUUCAUGGCCAAACUGUGUCUCCAUCACCAGCAGCAGAUUGCAGAUGCCCUGGGUUUCCUGAAGACUGAAGUUAAGGCUGUUGUAGCGCCCCCCCGAGCCCCAGAUCACACAGAUUCCAAUCCAGCAUCCCAGCAGCAUGCAGCCAUGGAUGUAGAAGGAGUGGACAGCGAGAGAGGACCUACCAGCAUAACGGGUUGCAGAAGCUUGGUUCCAGAAGAGCCCGCUCAGGGAGCGUGUACAUCCAGUACCGCUGAUGGACUCUCUGCUCAGCAGAAGCAUGCCAACACCCUGUAUCUCCAUGGACAUUGUUCAGAAGACGGGGGAGACUCCUUAUUGUCACUGGACAUUAUCAAAAGUGCUGACGGAGAGAACCGUGUCCAUAGUAACGUGUUGAAUGCUGCAGGGGAAAAGUCUGACAGUCUGGUUGAAGUGAAUUUGUCAAGCUCUUCUCACCCUGUGGAAGGCACUUUAGAGGAGCGACAGUGCAAUCCUAAUACUCCCUCAAGUAGAGGUGGGUCUCAUCCUGUGACACUUGAUUCGUCUUCAGUAAGGCAUGGUCAGGGUUUCUGUCCUCUGCAUCUCACAGGACAGACAGGCUCUUCUGGGAAUACCAAAGACUUCUUGGCUGGGCCCUACCCUGUGCCAGAGACCUCAAAGACAAGCUGCGCUAUUUCCCCUAGGAAAGCUCGAAAAAGUAGGAGGAGGCUUUACCCUCUGGCCCGGGACUUUUCUGUUUGUCGGGUCGAUUAUGAUGGCCAUUAUGACAUUGUGUACGUUAGCAAGCCGGUAACAGAAAGUGAGGUCUGUCCCCGGCACCGCUUGCCCCUUCGGCAGAAUGCCAGGAAGAGCACGCGAGGUCACACGUAUUUAGAUGAGAUCUGGCAGUUGAAAACGGUCCGAACGCUCUCUUUAAAAGCUAAGGACAAUGAGAAGGGUGACUGGCCUGCUCCGAUAGCUGCAAGUAACACACUGGUUACCCCUGUGCAAGUUCCUGGUAAGCCAGAUGGUGUCCCUCCAGUAGAUAUACCACUUGCUGGGGGCUGUGAAGAGGCAAUCAGUCAGAACGAGCCUGGGGAGGAGCCAGCCGAGAUUGUAACUGCCGAGUGGAACAGAAUAGCGUUCACAGAUUCUGAGUGUCCCAGAGGAGGCAGCCCGACAAGCCACACACAGAAUGAGGAGCAGCCUCUUGCUCCUGUCAGGCAUCAGGAUGCGGUACUUGACGAGCAGGAGGUUUUGGAUCCCACCAGCAUCAUGGCACUUCUCGAGGAUGCCAGAGAGCAGUCGGAUGACCCUGGUGGGCAUGAAAAUGUGCAGCCGCCUGAUAUUCUGCCGCCUGAUAUUCUACCACCUGAAAUUGAGGGAGCACCAGCUCCAUUUGUGUCAGAUACCAUGUCGACAGAAGAUGGGCUACUUGAUUAUGCUGAGGCUGAAACGUGUUUGCAGGAAAAUCAACCCACUGAACCACCGGAAGAAGAGAUACUGUCAAAAGACAACCCUGCUGUAGAAAGAGAAGAGGGAGUUCAGGCAACAAUGGAUGAGCUGGAAAAACAAGGGAAUGAAUCUGCCUGCCUGGAAACGCACAACAUACUCCAUGAGACAAGCGAGGUGGAGAUACCACCACCAACUGAGCCAGAAUCUGCUACGCUAUUAGUGCAGCUUGAGAAGGAUGGAGCAUUGAAUGAAGAGACGGUAGUCGUGCCGGUAAGCAUAAGCACAAAAAAGGUAAAUGAAAGUGAUGUUGCAACUCUGGAUAGGUGCUUGCGAAGUACUAAAAAGACAAGCUUGUCUGCGUUGGUGAAACUUUGCGAUACUGCUGAAGAAAUGCCCGAAGCAUCAGAGGAGGAUAUCUCAGAAAGCCCAAGGCAGAAUCUCAGAACGCAUAGAACUGCAGAUGUGAAACAGAGGGACGAGCCUGGCCGAGUGUUGCGCUCCUCUUCUGUAGGGAAAGCCAACACUGACCAAGUAGAAGGAGCCAUACAGACAAGGAGCCGGCCAAAGCUGACAUUGAUAAAGGGAGGGGUGAACGACAGUGGGAUACAGGUCAACACAGGGCCCAGCACAGAGAUGGAGAGCCCAAUGGUAGCCAAGGACAGCCGGGAGAGGAAAGCAACCAUGUCCCCACGCGAUUGCCUGAGGACAGAUGCCAAGGUAGCUGGUGCCAUGGAAACGUGUGGAAAAAUGCAACUGAGAAAGGACAGCGAAGGUGUCUGCGCUAGUGAAAGCUUGAGCUUGAUGACUUCAGGUAAAAAUCACUUUGGAUCCAAGCAGCUGCAUAGUCUGGACUAUCUCCUGAAAACCAGGCCAGAGAAGCAGGCACUGAAACAGAAGGACACCGAUAAGUUUGGCCUGUGCAAGAUGGAGCUUUUGGGCUCAAGCCCUCAUAAGUUUGUCGGUAUCCUAAAAAAGGAAGAGAACCAGCAACUCAUCAGCAGUCUAAAUAACAAGUAUGACAAAAUGCAGAGGGGCUGGAUUCAGAUUGACAGAGUGGGUCAGCACAUGACAGGUAGACCCAAGAACAGGGCAGACCGACUGAAGGAGAUCUGGAAGAGUAAACGGAGAGUCCGAAAGGUGAAGUGUGUCGGUCAGCUAAAAUCCUCGCCGGUGCACAUGCUGUUUACGAAGACUUUUGACCUGAGCACUAUCUGUCACUGGUUUUUACAGACCACUGAAACGAAAUCACUUGUGAUCACUAAAAAAGCUAACACGAGACUCUCAUCAGAAACUCAACUUUGUUUCCAUGGUUCCUCUGGCAUGCCAGGUUCCUCUCAUGGUGUUUUUCCAAGUUUGCAAGCCGAACGCUUAAAAAAGCACCUGAAAAAAUUUGCUGUGGCAUCCCCAGUGAAGAGCAAUCCCAAGAACCAAAGACUGAUAUCUAAAGCCUGGGAACGGGGAGACUCUUGUAGCAGAGGGAGGGACAUGACAAAAGAAUUGACCAGAGCCACAGGCAUAUGUACAAAACGGUACAGUGAGCAGCCCCAGGAGCGUCCUGUACAGACAGCAGACAGUGUGAAGGCUGCAGGGAGAAGCCCGGCCUCAGCCAGGAUCCUCCGAAAGUACUCCAAUAUCCGAGAGAAGCUGCAGGUCCAGCAACGCACGCUUACACACAAGGCAGUGCACAGAGAAGUGCUUCAGAAGCUAAUGCCCCGGUCAAAGCCAGCAGCGGAGCAAAGGGAAAAGAUUGUAGCUGUCGGGAAAAGCCAUAGAGAGAGGCGGCCUCCUGCUUCAGUCAGUCAUAAGCCUGUAGAAAAGGUCAUCACCAAGGAGACGGGAGCCAAGAAAAGGUUAUCGGCAGCUCUGAGUGAGAAGAACCAUGACGAGCCAAAACGGUGUCUGAAAGUCAGCAGCAACGCUGACACUUCUCCACCAUGCCCAUCGAAUUCAAGGUCGAAAAAGAAAGCUGCCGUGUCGCCAAGAGAGGCCAAAGUGCAUGGGAAGGUGCUCAGGAGCAGUGUUCCAGGGCGUGGGCUCCCUGAACACAUGGUAGAAGUUAAGCCAUCUGUCCAAGACCAAGUGGUGACAAGGUCUCAGAGGAAGACUGAGAUCACAGCCACGAGCAGCGUGUCAAGAUCUGGCAUGAAGCGAACGCUGGACCUCAAAGUAGCACCAGCCAAGCGUACCAGAGCAUCGCAUUUAAAAUGAGACGUUUACGGACAGCUGGACCCACCAGGAUCAUCAAGUUUAAGAUGGUUACAGUUGUGUUUGGGGGAAAUAAUGGAUACACUUGACUUUAUUUUUGCUCUGUGUGUGUGCGUGUUUUUUAAAUGGUGACGGGGACAUAUUUAAAAGUGGUUUUGAAGUGAUUUGAGUGUGUGUAUCUGGUUGGGAACACUGGUCAGACUGCUGGCCAGAGAUAGAAGAGGCUUGUUGGUGUCUAUCAGAGAGCCAGCUGGGCUGUAGAGGCCCUGUCAGCUGCUGCUGAUGCUGCUGCUACUGUUGAGGACUUGGAUCCUCUAGUUUCCUGUUACUCUACUUGCAAUCAGAGUAGGAGCAUGGUUUUAAUGAGGUGCCUUAUUUAUCAAUAUUUAAAGUAAUAAAGGUGAAGCAAGGGGGAAGGCUUGCUUUUCUACUUAUUGCACAGACCCACGAUCCUCCAGGGGUUGGGGCGUGUCUUCCUACAGGGGAUUAAGGCCGGUCCCUGCUUCCAUACUUCACUUGACUUGUAUAGAAAUUUUGCAAGCAGGCCAUCUUCCUUUCAGAAGGGCCGGGAGACACAGAAGUUUAUAUUAGCGAUCAGAACCGUUGUUGAACUGUGACAGAUAUAGUAUUGUGUACAUUUUACUGUGGCUGUUUUUUUUGUGUUGAUAUUUCUGAAGUAGGUCGCAUCUGUGACUUUUCAGGUCCUCGUCAGCAGUGCAGUGUCAUUUAUAAUUGAUUUUUUUUUUUUUUGUACCAAAGUGUGAUAAGUACCCAUGUGGCACAGUGAGGAAUUGGGUUGCUGGGAAAUUUGUUCCUUUUUUGUGAGAAUGUGACGAGCGCACGUUGAACUUAACAGACCACCACCAGGAACAAACGAGUCCAAACAGGCUUUUACUCUGUUCUUGUCCCACCAAUGUUUCGAUACUUUGACUGCUGUGACAGGUUGGUCUCUGUGGCAUCAUGGGUAUUUUAUUUAUUUAUCUGGACUUUUUAUAAGAGGCCAAGUAUGAUGAUGUGAAAGCCUGUGUCUCAGCAGCCGCGGUGUCUGUGAGCAUGGCCCUUCCCCUGCAGUGAGGAGGGUCAACAGGCCCCAUCUCUGGGGCCUUGUCAGAUGGCUUUCAGCGGCACAAUAAAAUGGCUUCCUUCA